UCGACUCGACUCCUUCGCGUCGUCGAUGACAGCAUGAAUCAGCUUGCGCGCCAUAGCUCCUAGCGGAAUCUGCAUCUCAACAGGCAUCUUCUGGGUUAGCUCAGACCCUGAAGAUCAUCAACCUUCUGGACAAUACCAUCGCCUCAGGAAUGAACAACUCCAAAGCAGGCUGCUGAGUCAGGUGCCAUCGGCGCUGGACAGCGCUUUUUUCACGACAGUCGGUCAAUGUCCGAGCAAAGGGUUCACGAUGAUGCGGCGGAACCACCGAGUACUUGCCCUAUUUAGCUGUCUCCACAACCCCGCAUCAUGUAUAAAACCCCGCCAACAACCAACAAAGUACGCGACUGCGAGUGCAGCAUCUCUCCAAGCCACUUGAACAGACACGGAUAAUCUCCCUCACAUCAUCCAACAUGGCCUCAAGACCCACUCACACCCGGACUGCCUCGACAAACCUGGCCAGCGGCUCAGGCCAGCGCAUCUUGGAGGGAAGGACUGCCAUUGUGACGGGAGCAUCUAGGGGAAUCGGUGUCGAAAUUGCCCGCAACCUCGCCAGCAAAGGCUGCAACGUGGUCAUCAAUUACACGUCCGACUCGUCGACCCAAGCCGCCGAAGACCUCGCCUCCGAACUCUCAGCCGAAUAUGGCAUCAAAGCCAUCAGCGUACAAGCAAGCAUGGGCUCUGAGAACGGACCCAAGCACCUUGUUGAGGUCACCAAGAACAACUUCCAACACCCCAAGACGGGCAAGUUCCAGUUGGACAUUAUCAUCAACAACGCGGGAGUCGCAGGCAACAACUACGUCGAGAACGUCGACUGCGAAGACUUUGCCAGACAGUUCAACAUCAACGUACGGGGUCCACUGCUCCUCCUGCAAGCCGCCGUCCCCUAUCUACCCCACGACCGCUCCGGCCGCAUUGUUAACCUCUCCUCCGUCAGCUCGUCGCUGGGAUACAAAGGUCAAUCCAUCUACGGCGGAACAAAAGCAGCGCUCGAGAGCAUGACAAGGACAUGGGCUCGCGAAUUAGCAGAGCGCUGCACUGUCAACGCCAUCAACCCAGGCCCCGUUGCAACCGACAUGUACUGGAGCAACGACGACGCUUUCAUUGCUCAGAAUAAGCCUUUCAUAGAAAACACACCCCUUGCUGCACCACGGAAGGGCAUCGACCCGGAAAAGAUCUACGAAGCGAGCCAAAACGCUGGUGGACGGCCAGGCUACAGUGAGGAGAUUGGUGGGAUUGUUGGUAUGCUUUGCUUGCCUGAAGCGGGUUGGACUACCGGUAGUGUCAUCUGCGCAAAUGGUGGCAUGAAAUUCAGCUUCUAAAUGUUUGAUACCACAGAACGAAUGAAACGAUCAAGGAAGGGCAACAGGCAUCACUCUGCUCAUCUUCAGAACAUUCAACUUGAUAUAUGUGACUUUUGAUUCUUUGUAUUGUUCAGCCUCGCCGAAUAGCUACAGCAUCUAUAUAUUGUUCGUAAUUC